CUGGAAUGCAGACGAGAAUUUUUAGGCGAAGAAAAAAGAUUCCUGACUGCAGAGUCACGUGAUGACCCACGUGUGCACGAAGUAAUACAACUUUUAAUUCACUGGCUGAACUUUGAAUUGGCACCGCAAAGGAUUGUGGUGAAACAUAUACAAGAAGAUUUGUAUGAUGGUCAAAUAGUUCAGAAGCUGACAGAAAAAUUGGCAAAUAUAAAGAUUGAAGUGCCUGAGGUAUCGCAAAGCGAAGAAGGACAGCGGCAGAAACUACACAAAGUGAUCGAGACUGUAAAUCGUAUCAUUGCUCAGGGGCAGUUCGAAAAGGCUAAAUGGAAUGCUGACCUAAUCCAUAAUAAGGACGCUGUCGCUAUUAUACAACUACUAGUUGCAAUUGCCAUGUACUUUCGUGCUCCUGUGAAAUUUCCCGAGUACGUGAAUGCUCAAAUUCUUGUUGUGCAAAAGAAAGAUAACCAGUUGAAAAGUCAUUACAUCACUGAACAGUUAACUACAACCCAACCGGAAUUGGGCGUCAAGGGUGAGCGAGACGCCUUUGACACCUUAUUCGAUUACGGACCGGACAAACUGGCCCAUGUCAAAAGUUCAUUGCUCGCUUUUUGUAACAAACAUUUAAACAAGAUCAAUCUGGAGGUAACAGAUCUAGAGAACCAAUUCAAGGAUGGCGUCUACCUGGUGCUUCUGAUGGGAUUGCUAGAAGGGUACUUUGUACCGCUUUACAAUUUUGACCUGCAGGUGCUUCAGAAAGUACGCAACGUCACGUUUGCAUACCAACUGAUGUAUGAAGCCGCAUUGCAACGACCACGUGCCCGAGUUCAAGAUAUUGUUAACGGUGAUUUGAAGAGUACUUUGCGUAUUUUACACUCACUAUUCACUCGAUACAAACACGUAUAG